AUGUCAGGCAGUCAAGUCAGCAUCCUCCCGACACACCAUCAACCAUCCACCGGACCUCGUUCAGCUCCGGCUGGUCCGUUUCGUCCGAGCCCACAUCCCACGACGCCUCCAAACAGUUCGUCAGCUGCUCCGUCAGCCGGUCCAUCCUCAUCAGGCAUCUUACCAGCUGCUUUGCCACUCCCCGAGUCUCGCACUUCCUCCCCAUCUUCCACGACGCGUGAAGGCGCCCACCCGACGACUACAGCAGCCGCAUCCUUCUCAACUGUGGGCUCAAACAGAGACUCACAGGUCACAGCCCGGGAGUCCUCGGACGUAUUUGCAGCCGAAGAUGAUCCCCCACUUCCACCGGGCUACCCCCAGCUCGCGCGGAAGAUGGGCGAAAUGCCCGAGGUGGCCAUCUUCCGGCGCUUCGGCGCCCUCAACGCACAAAUACUCCUCUACAUGCAAGCAGAGCUCGUGAGCCUCGAAAAGCAACUCCACAAACUCCAAGCUAGGGAUGCCGCAGCACCCUCGCCAAGGUCUUUGUACGCAGUGAACUGGUUCAGGCUGCGAAACUCGGAAGAUCUGGGCGAAGGCGACGACGACGAGCAGUGGGAGCUGGUCAAGGAGAUUCGCGUGAAGCUCAAAGAGUACAACAAGAUGCUCAUACACCAGAGGCAGAUCGUGUGCGUCGAUCCUCCCGGGUCCUGGGACCUGCGGCACAUGCAGCGCUACCUCGUCUCGGAGGAUAUGGAUCACGGCGUCCUCGUCGGUCAAGAUGCCAACGUCUGGGGGUCCGAGGGAGGGGAAUGCGACGACCCGAACACUAGCAACAACAGCAGCGACGGUAGCAAGGGUACUGACCGCUUCGACCUGCUUCCCCUCGCAGCGCGGCACAACGAAGACUUCUUCUCCAGCUGGGUGACGGAGAGCAUGUCGGAGAAGCUGAUCAAGCUGAAAAAGCGACGGCAGAGCCGCAAGGCGGAAGUGACCGGUCAACAGCAGGAGGAGCAGCGGAUCAGAAACCUCGACGACUUCGCAGACAAGAAGGUAUUGCAAUGGACGUUCAUGAUCGCGAGCGUACUGGCGUCAGCGCUACCCAUCCUGGCCAUCGUCAUCCUGUAUUACGUCCAGUCACUAAAGGUCCGGCUUGGCCUCAUUGCUGUCUUCAACGUCCUCGUGUCCUUCGCGCUGGCGUGCUUCACGUCGGCGAAGCGCGCCGAGGUCUUUGCCGUGUCGGCGGCCUUCUCGGCGGUGCAAGUCGUGUUUGUGCAGGUGGGCACAAAUGAUGCAUGA